UUUUUGUGAUUCGUUUUCUCCCUUACAGUAUACAGAGACCGUCUCACCUUCUCUGCUGAGUGCUGAGUCACGAAAUUAUGGAUGCAGAUUCACACUGACGUUCACUUCUCUUGCUCUCCUCGUUUUCCACAAUUUUUCGCGCGCACCUCCGUACUAGAGAUCUGAUCCCCGAUACGCGUCGCCGUUUUGUGCGCAGAGCCAUUCGUGAAUCGUUUCAUGCUCUAAUUUCCUGUGACUCCACGGUUCCCAUCGCUUCUGCCGAAUCGGAAGAUGGGAUUAGUGUUCACGAAAUUGUUUUCGUCCCUCUUCGGUAACAAGGAAGCUCGAAUCCUCGUUCUCGGCCUCGACAAUGCCGGAAAAACUACCAUCCUCUAUCGGCUUCAGAUGGGUGAAGUUGUGUCAACGAUUCCAACAAUCGGGUUUAAUGUUGAAACCGUGCAAUAUAACAACAUUAAAUUUCAAGUUUGGGAUUUAGGUGGGCAAACCAGUAUCAGGCCAUAUUGGAGGUGUUACUUUCCAAAUACUCAAGCAAUAAUCUAUGUUGUUGAUUCGAGUGAUACCGAUAGGCUUGUGAUAGCUAAGGAAGAGUUCCAUGCUAUUCUGGAGGAAGAAGAGCUAAAGGGUGCAGUUGUUCUCAUUUUUGCAAACAAACAGGACCUUCCUGGUGCCCUUGAUGAUGCUGCAGUGACAGAGUCUCUGGAAUUGCACAAGAUAAAAAAUCGCCAAUGGUCUAUUUUUAAAACUUCUGCCAUAAAAGGCGAAGGACUUUUUGAGGGCCUGGACUGGCUGAGCAAUACACUCAAGUCUGGAGGUGGCUAAAGGUAUCAGCCUCAACCAAUUUGAUAAUUAGAUCGAUUGGUGAAUUCAAAAGAAGGGUUAACAUGUGUAGUUUGUAUGAAAUUUCACCGCUGAAUUGACGUCAUAAUAUAUCAUUAUUAUUCAAUUCUCAUACACAUGUAUUUCAAUCCCCCUUUUUGUGUUUUGAAGAUUAAGGAUAUGAACGUUGGUCAUUGAUUGGUUUUGUUUACUGAACUUAGUUGGGUCCUUUUUGUAUUUCUCAGUCCGUUUCUCGGAACCCUUCAUAUGCUAGUAAAGAAAAUUGUUAUAAGAUUCUGUAAUCGAUAGCUUCAUCAUUUUUCA